UAUGGUGUGAUGUGAUGAUCAGGUGUCCACAUACUUUUGGCCAUAUAGUGUAUUAUUUAGACUGGACAGCAGUGAUUCAAUCAUCAGUUACAUUUUUUUGUAUGUCAUGGGGAAAGACACAGAGAGUCCCACUGUCUUGGCCUAUUGGCAGACCAGAUGCCAGCCCUUUCUGUGAAAUUACACUCUACAUGAAGUGUCUGCUGCUCAUGGGCAUUAAUUAUAGGCAUGCUGUUCCAGGAAACCUGUGCUCUUCCUACCUGGGUGUCACCAUGCAGCUAUUCCAUGUCCUACAAAGUUAACAUAGUCCCUUCCAGUAGCGUGAGUGAGUGCGGUGGACAUCUCUGUACACCUUUCCAUUCAGUCCUGAGGGUCGGUCCCUCAUGACAUUGUGACAUAGGUUAAGUGAUAGUGAAAUAAAAUGCUUGUUAUGCAUGUAACUGUGGUUCUAUGAACACUGGAUAAGCACCAGUGUUCCCUGUACCUCAGAAGCAGCAGGAACCCGGCAGGAACUCGGCUAGAAGGUUGCACGGACCAAGGAAUGUUGACCACAGAAUUGAUGUCAAAUACAAAAGUGGCACACUAUCUUGAUAUUAUUUAGUACAAUAGUUUGCCGGUUUGGGACAAAACCAUGGCAGAACACAUGCACUGCAUCAUUAUUUAUUUUUAAGCACAUUAUUUUGAAGCUAAAUCUCAGCUAAGGCUUCUGUUUGAACAACCUAUGACAUCAUAUGUCUGAAACUGUCACUCAAACUUGGGAGGUGUGGUCAAAUUACAAGCUAUAAAAAUAUCAGAGCUGGCUUGCUCUAUCAUGUAUUAGAUUACUGUUAAUGUUUUUCAAAGGCAACACCUAAUAUACUGUUAUUUUUAAAUAUGUUGAAGACUUUUUAAUAUGCUGUACUUAUGAACCUGACGGAGUUUAACCAGUCUGAUCGCUGUGAGCAUUUCUCCUGUCCAGAGAGAUCUGGAUCUCCUGCAGUUUAUAUCUUACUGUACGUGUGUUCAGCUGCUGUGGUUCUUCUAACACUGUGUGGAAAUAUGCUCGUCAUCAUCUCUGUUCUUCACUUCAAGCAGCUUCAUACACCAACAAACCUGCUCGUGCUCUCUCUAGCGGUGUCGGAUUUCCUCAUCGGUGCUUUAUUAAUGCCACCAACAUUAAUCUGGAUAAUCAAGUCAUGCUGGAUUUUUGGGAGAGCUUUCUGCAUCACGUUUUGCAUGAUUGCCAGUUUCAUCGUGGGUUUAUCCAUCUACAAUGUCGCUCUGAUCGCUCUGGAUCGAUAUCUGGCUCUCUCAAAACCCUUUCUCUAUGCAAACAAAAUCUCUAAGUGGACUAUGUGCAUUGUGGUUUAUUCUAACUGGUGUGUGUGUCUAGCAUAUAGCAUAAUAUUCUAUUAUUUCAAUGUAAACUUAAUGGAUUUUGUAAUUUGUCCUGGAGAGUGUUUUCUCAUUAUGAAUGAGGUUUGGACUGUAAUUGAUCUUAUAUUUUCAUUUAUAUUUCCACUCUCUGUCAUAAUCAUAUUGUAUACUCGAGUGUUUGUGAUUGCUAAGAAACAUGUCACUGCUAUCAGAGAGCUUAAUAAUCACACACGGCCUAAAACACAGAAAAUCACCUCACACUCGAUGAAAUCUGAGAGAAAAGCAGCUAAAGUCCUGGGCAUUUUAGUGUCUGUGUUUCUGAUGUGUUUACUUCCGUAUUUUAUUUACAGUUUAUUAGGUGGUGUUAUUGAACUACAGACAAAAACUAUUCAUAAACUUGCGAUUGUGCUUUAUCUUAAUUCCACCAUUAAUCCGUUUAUUUAUGGUCUGUUUUACCCAUGGUUUAGGAGGUGCAUUAAAUUAAUUAUAACUCUGCGAAUAUUCCAGACAGACUCUGCUUUAAUCAAUAUUCUUUCAUGAAAAGGGUUUUUCAUGCCUUCUGAUAGUGUGCCCAAAU